CUACUGCGCAUGAGCCCGACAGUUGUGGAUCGUUAUUUCUCAAAACCAGAACAGACCUAAUAUCAGUGAUGACUUGCUUUUUGUGUACGUUUCUGUUUGACAUUUAAGGUUAGGUUGAGAUUUAAAGUAUUUAACUCAGCUAAGACAGAGCUAAGAUUAAUUUAUUGAAGAAAGGAAUUUAAAUUUAAUAAAAAAUGUCGACUUUAGAAGAUAAAUCGAUCUGGGAAGACGGCGAAGAAGCGCUAGGUGAAGAAGUUCUCAGAAUGUCUACCGAUGAAAUAGUUAGUCGUACUCGUUUAUUGGACAAUGAGAUCAAAAUAAUGAAGAGUGAAGUAAUGAGAAUAAAUCACGAAUUACAAGCACAGAAUGAGAAGAUCAAAGAGAACACGGAAAAAAUAAAAGUAAAUAAAACGUUGCCUUAUUUGGUGUCUAACGUGAUAGAACUGUUAGAUGUCGACCCCCAGGAAGAGGAAGAAGACGGUGCAGUGGUAGAUUUGGAUUCUCAAAGAAAAGGAAAAUGUGCAGUAGUUAAAACAUCAACCCGCCAAACUUACUUUCUGCCAGUUAUAGGGCUGGUUGAUGAGGAAAAGUUGAAGCCUGGUGAUUUAGUUGGUGUCAACAAAGACUCUUAUCUCAUUUUGGAAACGCUGCCUGCCGAGUACGAUGCCAGAGUUAAAGCUAUGGAGGUGGAUGAGAGACCUGCUGAACAGUACUCAGAUAUUGGAGGUUUAGAUAAACAAAUCCAAGAACUGAUUGAAGCUGUUGUGUUACCAAUGACCCAUAAAGAUAAAUUUGUUAAUUUGGGUAUUCAUCCCCCAAAAGGCGUUUUACUAUACGGGCCACCUGGAACUGGAAAAACCCUCCUUGCCAGAGCAUGUGCAGCUCAAACAAAAUCAACCUUCUUAAAAUUAGCUGGCCCCCAAUUAGUCCAGAUGUUUAUCGGUGACGGCGCCAAGCUUGUGAGAGAUGCAUUCGCUUUAGCCAAAGAAAAAUCUCCCGCUAUCAUAUUUAUCGAUGAACUGGACGCAAUAGGCACAAAAAGAUUCGAUUCUGAGAAAGCGGGUGACAGGGAAGUGCAACGUACUAUGUUGGAGUUGCUGAACCAGCUGGAUGGGUUCAGUUCAACCGCCGAUAUCAAAGUGAUAGCUGCUACCAAUCGUGUCGAUAUUUUAGACCCUGCUCUGCUUCGAUCUGGUAGAUUAGACAGAAAGAUAGAAUUCCCGCAUCCCAAUGAAGAAGCGAGGGCUAGAAUCAUGCAGAUUCACUCCAGGAAAAUGACUGUCAAUCCUGAUGUGAAUUUUGAAGAACUGGCUAGGUCUACAGAUGACUUUAAUGGAGCCCAGUGCAAGGCUGUGUGUGUUGAAGCUGGUAUGAUUGCUUUGAGACGUAACGCUAAUGCCGUCACACAUGAAGAUUAUAUGGAUGCUAUAAUGGAAGUGCAAGCCAAGAAGAAGGCAAAUCUUAAUUACUAUGCUUAGAUUUGUGCGUUUUUUUUAUAAAUUAAAUUUCUUACUUAGUCCUAUUUGUGUUUUAUUCAUUUUCUGAACAAUAAAAAUCUGAUGUGUC